CUUGUUUCCUCAUUUUUUUUGCCGGAGAUGCAGAGGAGGAAGGAGUUGGUAGUGAUGGAGGGAGGACUGAUGUGACUUGAUGAGCAGCAGGUCUGAUGCUGAUGACGAUGAUGACGAUGAUGAUGAUGCUGUGAGUCAGAGAGCGGACGGUUCCGGAUACUCACAGCCGCUCCGGAGUAGAUCAGACCCCGCGCCCAGACACCGAGGACCCCGCCUGAGGAGACACGCAUACAGGUCAGCUAGCCACAGGCAGAAUCACACUCAAAGUAUGCCUGAGCAGAGCAACGACUACCGGGUGGUGGUGUUUGGAGCCGGCGGGGUGGGGAAGAGUUCGCUGGUCCUCCGGUUUGUCAAAGGCACCUUCAGAGACACCUACAUCCCCACUGUGGAGGACACAUACAGACAGGUGAUCAGCUGUGACAAGAGCGUCUGCACGCUGCAGAUCACCGACACAACAGGAAGUCACCAGUUUCCGGCCAUGCAGCGCCUUUCCAUCUCCAAGGGCCAUGCCUUCAUUCUGGUCUUCUCCAUCACCAGCCGCCAAUCACUAGAAGAGCUGAAACCCAUUUACCAGCAGGUCUUGGCCAUCAAAGGUACAGUGGACUCAAUUCCCAUGAUGCUCGUGGGUAAUAAAAGCGACGAGACGGCUCAGCGCGAGGUGGAGAGGAAGGACGCCGAGGCUCAGGCCGCCACUUGGAAGUGUGCCUUCAUGGAGACGUCCGCCAAGACAAACUCCAACGUUAAGGAACUGUUUCAGGAGCUGCUGUCCCUGGAGAAGAAGAGGGACAUGAGCCUGAGCAUUGACGGAAAGCGCUCAGGAAAACAGAAACGAGCCGACAAGUUGAAAGGGAAGUGCAGCAUCAUGUAGAACGACUGGCGGCAGAUUUGCUGUGGAGAUGUGGAUACAGCAGAGGAGGCCGGAGGGGGGGUCUGCAGACGAGCUCCCAGAGAGACUCCCUCUCCCAUCUUUGUGGACGGCUCCUUCACCAACACUAAAGCCCCGAGGAACAAAAUGACUACACUGACUGAUAUUGAAAACAUGUAUUUAUACCAGGGCCUUGGAUCUCCUUCCGGCCCUGAACUGGAUUGUGUCCCCAAAAUACUUUUAAAUACAAAAAAGUAUAUAUAAACUAAUAUAAUGGCUACCAGCUUCAACAAUUUCAAUAAUAUUAUAAUUGGGGAAUACUCCACUGAGUUUGGGAAUCUUGGGCCAAGCUAUUUUCUAGAGGAAAAAGAAUCAUGGAAUUCAUGGAAAUUGGUUACAACUUAAUUUAUCAACAGCGUGAAUUAGAGCAGGUGAUAAACUCAUUGAACGUUAACGCUUGUGAUUCUGAUUUUAGAAAGCUACAAAAGAAGCGUUGCUGUGCUUUGUUGCAGCUGUCAUGCUAUGAUUAGACGGUAUUGACUUGGAUAAAUGGUCAAUUAGCAGUGCUUUGGCCAAGCACAGACCAAAAGAAAGCAAGGCCAACAACCGGAGGAAGAAAACCAUUGUGAGUAAAGCAAUGCUAUUAUGUCUCCGUGGCAAGCUCAGUUAGCAGGCUAAUACAUUUGCCACGUAGUCUUCACAAGAGGUUUGUUUGGUGCCCCCUAGUGGAGGAGGGGAGCACUCGUAUCCUUUUUCUUUUUCUUAGUUAGACACACUGGAUAUAACAUCUGUUAGCAUCAACAAGUAGCUGCUGAUGAAACAGUGGAAGCACACAACUGUGCAAACUGUUAAUAUUAUUAAUGGUGAGGUGAGAGUCAAUUGUUUCAGAUGGAUAUCUGUUCUAAUCUCCGUGUCAAGGACAAAGAUGCGUUCCGCCCAGCUUAGCUUAACACUAGAAACAGGUGGAAACUGCAGCUGAGCUUCAUGAGAAUCAUUCAUGACAUGUUGGCUACAUUAGCAGCUAGCUAACACAAGACAGCACAGUCUCAAACAUAACUCUAAGAAAGUUGAGUAGCAUUGUAGGUCAUCUUCAAGGGUCAUUGUGCUGAACCAAGUCUCUGUGCUUUGAUGUCCCCCUUCUGCAAAACAAGACAAGCGGACUUUUAAAUGUUGAGCUGUUUCACAUGUGCUGUAAAUUAGAAAUGCCUUUCCUACUAUUUUACUUGAAAGUUUGGUACAUAUUCCAAACCAAAAGUGAGCUUAAAACCCUUCAAAGCACAAACGUAACCAACUUCAGUUGGACAGCAAGCCGAUAAGCACAUGCUCAUCCUGCACCUGUUAUAUUAUUUACACAUCAGUGCAUCACUGCUAAGUCCAUUUCAUGGUUUCCUUUCACUGCUUUUACGGUUAGUUAUUUAUUAUUUUGAAAAUUGUAUUUCCUCAUAUGCUGUAUGCUUGCUGCUAACAUUCCUUUCCUUCCUGCAUUCAGGAAUUAAUGUCAGAAACAGUCAAAAAUCGAUCAGAAUCAGUGGCCACCCAGUUCACACUCGAAACACAUGCUAAAAUUUGAGAGCUGCUGUGACUGGGUGGAGCCAACAUGGUCGCCGCCGGCUGGGUUUUAAUAUUAUUUAAAUUAACUUUGCGGAUGGAAAGACGCAUUCAGUCUUGAUGAUUUUCUUUAAAUCUGUUCAAAUAUGCAUUGAGUUUGGAUGAAAUCAGACAACUACAGUAACUGUGGUGCUAAAUGAGUAAAGUCUGUAUUCUGACGAGGUAAUGGGAACAGGUGUGUAGGCAGAGCAAGGUCAGGUGACCAAAGAGGGCAAAUAAUUUCAACGAAAAUCGUUGGACCCGUUAAUUUAUUGAUGUAAUUUGUUUAGGUUUUUGCUUGCAAACUAAUGACAUUUAAUGAUAUUUUAUCUAUAAAAACAUCAGCAACAUGUAUAAAAUGUGUGAUUGGAUGGUCAUUAAAUGUGCUAAAUUCUAUAUUGAGAGCAUUUUUAAACCAGCAAACUAUUUUGCUUUGUGAAGACAUAGUGAAGUAAUUUCUACCUGAGGAAGAGAAUGGAGUCACUCUCUCUCUCUGUGUGUGUUGUAAUCCAUGCUUCUCUGUGCUUUGUUUACAUAGUCGGGCCUGCCAAACCUGCUUUUAAUGCAUGUAUGUGCAUGUGAGCGGUGGCCGGCUAAUGGCAGGCGCUGUGGACUGCCCUUGUACAGCUGUUACAGACGAUAACGCCUCCGGACUGUUUGCACUGUCAGUACCGCUAUCGUACUUUGCACUGUUAGCACUGUUAGCUGCUGACUCUGUUGUCGCCAUGAUGAGAGCCGUUAAUAGGUAGAAAUCCUCCCAAUCUUGUAUACUGCGCCUUUAUAAACAGCAGAGAAAGAUUUAUGAAGGUUGUUUUUAUCUUUUUUCCACCUUAUAUAUAUAUUGUAGACAAAAUGAAAGGACUUUUGGUUGACUCUGCAGUCCCACUGACGCUCUGUGUUCCGUGACAUUACAUUUGCUUUGAGGCUAAAUGGAAACCUCUCUCAUAUGAAGAAAGUGAAUGAAUAAAAACCGCGUUGUUGUACAGAAAAUCUUUGUUUCUUUAA